CCAUGACAAUUCAUCAUCAUGGUUCUGCUGAACGUAAAUCAAUAGAUGAUUAUUCGGAUAUACCACGAGGAGAAGCAUGCAAGCAGCUUGUGGAACAGCUCAACCGAAAUUUAUACUCUUUGAAUUCCAAUAUGCAGACAACCUUCAAACAAAUGGUACAUGUGGAAACACGAAUUGGACAUGAAAUCUCUCUUUUGUCUUCGUGCCUUCAAGAAAAUAUGUCGAAAUGUACAAUGCCAUAUGCGCCACACGAAGAACAACUCGUUCAAUUAGAUUCUGCAAAAAGAAACUUAAAACAAUUGACUCGAUUACUAGAUGCUCGUCAGAUAUUUGAUGCAGAAGACAGUCAAUCUGAAAAGUUAAAGGACAGGGCAAUUGAUGAUUCGUUGCUUCCGACAUUGGUGGCAAUUGGAGAUAAUUUAAAAAUUAUCAAAGAGCUCGGCGCUAAGCCAAAGUUCGAUGCUGAGACUUAUCACAAAACAAAGGAUCGCUAUUUAGCAUGGAAAGGAACUGAGUUUGCUGUGAAGUUCGACACUCCUGGAGGGCUUGAUGAUAUUUUCGAUGCAUUUACAACUUUGAAUUCUGUCAAUGAUUUCUACCGUCUCUACCAGCAUCAUUUCGAUCAAUCUCUAAACAACUUGAAUAAAAACUCAGGAAUUGAAGAUGAAAAGUCGUUAAAAGAAAUGGGAACUGUUUUUGUAACCAAAGCUGCGGAACAUUUCAGAACUCAUAUUGGUUCGUUGUGCAAAUAUUGUGAUGAAAACGAAGCAUUCACUAGACUUCUUGAUGCUUGGAAAAAUUACAUUAAAAAUGGAACUUUGGAGAAGCUUUUUGAACAAUCUAUGGAGAACUAUAACAAUUAUGAUUUGCUUUCAGACUUGAAAUCUGUAGUUACAAAAGCAUACGAAGAGUUUGAAACAAACACAGCUGGAGGACCAGAAGACGACGAAGAGUCCAUUGAAAAUAUUGAGAGAAUAAUUGUAGAUGGUCUGAUGGAAAGUGCGAAGAAACCAUUAUCUGAAAAGCUCCGAUCGAUGGUUGAGCCACCACCAUUGAAUUUUAGAUCAGUAGCUGAAGUGAUGUCAUCUCUUGAAAACUUUGCCUACUUGCUGCGAGAGAUUUCUCAUCAACUUCUGGAAAUCUAUUUAGAGGAUGAAGGCCGAGAGUUCAUGAUUUCUAUUUUGAAACCAAUAUUCACGGAUUACACAAUGCGAUUAUGUCGAAUGGAAGAUAAUUCGACUCCAAAAGUUAAAUUGGAAGAAUAUCUCGAAAGAAUUGCGUUGGCUGGACAACUAUCAACGAUUGUAGAAGAGUACAAAGAUCAAACUGAAAUUAAAAAUGGAUUGGAGUUGAAGAAUGCGAAGAAAUGGAUGAAUGAGAGAGUGAAGGAUGCAAUCCGUGCCAGUCAUCGAUUUGUGACAGAUAAGAUGCCUAACCACGGAAGUGAGACUUACAAGGAAAGCGCCGACAUGGCAAAAUCUGCACUUCCAACUCCUCAAGAUUUUGUGGUCACAGCUACACAGAAUCUUCUACAUCUUCUCCGUUUCUGGGAAGAAGCAUUGGCAAACGAGAAUACAAAAGUCGCACUGAUAGCGCAUGUUAUGGAUAUUAAUAAAGAAUCUCUGGAAACUCCUGAUGACGACGCCAUCUUUGCGGCAAUUCUUGAUAGGAUUGCGAGUCAUGUGGUCAAAAAGCUUCUGCAAUCUAUCAACGAUGUCUGGUUGACUGAUGGAAAAACAGCUACACUUUCGAAGGGACUCGUUAAAGAAUUCCUAUGUGACGCUGAAUAUCUUCGUGAUGCCCUUGUUGAUUUGCGAGCGGGAACCCAUGAUAAUCUUGAUUCGACGAUCAAUAAACUCCGGGAGCAGCUGAAGACGAUGUCGUAAUUUGAGUUUUCAUCUGAAUUUCUAUUAGACUAACCGGGUUGUAUUUAUUGUAUUUAAUUAUGGUUUUUUGUUUUUGGAUGUGAUAUGAAACAAUUUAUUGCAAAAAUAAAAUCUUUGGUUCGAG